AUGGUCGUUCUUGUCGCGUAUCUUCUUGUCCUCGCGGUCGCUGCGUUCGUGACGUUCCGCGUCUUUGGCAGCAACCGCAGCGGGUUGGCGCCGGGGGGCCGUGGCUGCGGCGUCGACUUUUUCUUCCCGGAGGGACGCCAGAGGCGAAGACCACUGGAAGCGCUUCUUCCCUCCGUCGAUGCCCAGCAGGCGGAGAUGUUGUCAUUUCUGCAGGAAACGUGCUGUGCGCUUCCCGUACGUGCGGAGUCGGUGCGCAUCCUGCCGAGCCCAAAACAUUUUUUUGAGGAGCUGCAGAAACGCGUGCAUGCGGCCAAACGCCGUAUCAUUAUUUCCGCCCUUUACAUUGGCGAUGGCCCACUCGCGCGGCAGUUUGUUGCGUGUCUUGAAGACAAAGUUGCAGAAAUGGCGCGGUCGGGGCAGCCGCUUGACGUUUGUCUCCUCCUCGACUACAACCGCAUGCACGACCGCCACAACCUCCUCACACUGAAGCAGCUGCUCACCCUCGCCCACAGCACAAGCGGUAGUGCCACCGGAAUUGACAACCAGGCGAUGGUGCGGGUGCGUUUGUUUCUUUUCCAAACACCAUGUCGAUGGAACCGACUGUUUGCACCCUUCGGCCGUGCAAAGGAGGCACUUGGCGUACAACACACGAAAAUAUUCUGCUUUGAUGACCGUGACACCAUUUUGAGUGGCGCAAACCUCUCGGAUGACUACUUCUCUACGCGUAUGGACCGUUAUGUAGUGAUUGAGGACAACGUGCAUGUCGCCGCAUGGUUCUCAGACCUUGCCCAUACUCUUUGCCUUAUGUCGCAUUGCGUUGUGUGCCAUGGGGAGGCUUUGACUGGCCAUAAUGCUACCAAUAGUAAUAAUAAUAAUAAUAAUAAUAAUAAUAAUAAUAAUAGUAAUAUUGGUGAUGUGAAUAGCAAUAGCCGCAAGAUGAGGAACAGGAGCAAUGGCUACACGGUACACAAGAAGAGUGAACUGGUUAUUCUUCCCAACGCUCUGGGGAUUGAUCCAUCACUGGAGAGCGCCGCCUUUAGUGCGCGGGCCAAGCAGUUGCUGGAGGAGUUUGCCGCCAGAGCUGUGGCAGCAUCGGAGUUAUUCUCACCGGAGGAGGAGGAGAAGGAAGAGUAUGACACAUUUCUUUUCCCAACCUUGCAGUUUGCACGAGCAAAUAUCUUCCAUGAUUCUCUCGUUGUGCAGCAACUGCUUCACAAGGCCCCGGCAUCGACACGUAUAUUUUUUACCUCGCCUUACCUCAACAUGUAUGCUCCGUUUGUGGACGAGAUGUUGGCCAGUGAAACGAAAUAUGAUUUUAUUACGGCAAGCGUCAAUACGAACGGGUGGCGUGGGGCAAAAGGCCUUGCGGGGUACAUUCCGUACUUUUAUCUUCAGCUCGAGCGGGCCUUUUACUUCUUGAUGCGGGAGUACGGCUGCUCUGACCGGGUGCGGGUGCGGGAGUUUAGUGUUGAUGGACUCACGUUUCACGCGAAGGGCGUGUGGUUUGUCGAGAGCGAAGACGGCACCAGCGAGCACACGGAGAUGCCGACCAAAGGUGGCCGCAGCAGGAUGCAUGCUUCCAGUGACGCCUGCGCCAAAACGCGUGAGGCGGAGGAGAAGGGCAUCAAGGCGCCGUACCUCGUCGCGUACGGGAGCACAAAUUACGGCUACCGCUCGGUGCAUAAAGACGUGGAGGCGGAGGUGUUUCUCUUUACCGCGAACAAAACCCUUCGCGAGGCACUCCGCGACGAACUUCUGUUCAUCCUGCAUCAGUCGACGCUCGUGACGGAGGAACGUUUUGUGCGUGGCGCGCAAGGCCGUUUUCAGCCCGUUGUCUCGCUGCUCGCACAGAUGGGACAAGACUUUUUUUGA